AUGAUUUUGACUGUGUUUAGAUAUAAGAAAGAAAGGAAAAAAGGUAAGAAAAUUAAUAACGUUGAAAGGAAGGUCGAGAUCAAAACAGAUCCAAAAUUAUCCGAUAUUUCUUCAUCAUCACGCUUUAGAAGAGUCGAAGUUGUCAGAGAUUUUCCUUCAUUUUGUGGAAGAAAUGCCCCAACGUUUAAUGAUGUUUCUACACAAGAGGAAUCAAUUAAAACGAUUAAGCGAAUUACAAUAGAAGUUGAAUCGGAUGAGGAUCCAGAGGAGAUUACUGAAUCUAUUGACGACUCUGAGGUUUCGUCAGAUGAAUUAUCUGGGUUACCUCUAGAUCGAGAGGUGGAAUUCAAGAUUGAUGGUUAUCAGGGCAUUGAUCUUGUUUUUAUGGAAGGCAUAAGAGUUGAUCCUAAGAAGGUUCAGGGAAUAAUGGAGUGGAAACCUCUAACGAAUGUUACAGAGGUUCGAAGCUUCUUGGGAUUUGCUGGCUAUUAUUGGAGGUUUGUGAAAAAAAUUUUGAUGAUUGCUUCUCCAUUGACCAAGCUCUUGAUAAAGGAUGUUUCAUUUACUUGGACUGAGAAGUGUCAAGGGAGUUUUGAAUAUCUAAAGAAAAUUUUAACGGAAGCACCAGUGCUGGUAUAA